GAGUUUAGGAUACUGAAAUGAGUCCCAACCAUUGUUUUGGAAGCAUGAUGUUCUUCCUUUCGCUUACCAUCCUUGAAUCAACGGCAAGACAUAUGGUACCGACUGAAGUUGGCUUCACUGCACGUUUGAUUCACCGUGACUCACCAGUAUCACCAUUUUACGAUCAUGUCAUGACGAACACUGCACAGAUCGAGGCGACCGUUCAUCGUUCUCGGUCUCGGCUGAAUUAUCUGUAUUACAACAUGUUAUCAAAAAAUACAUUAGACAAUGAUUUGUCGCUCUCACCCACAUUGGUUCAUGAAGGUGGUGAGUACCUUAUGAGUUUCAACAUUGGAAAUCCUCCAAGUCAAGUGAUGGGAUUUGCAGACACAUCAAAUGGUCUUAUUUGGGUGCAAUGCUCAGACUGCAAUAGCCAAUGUGAGCCAGAAAAAGGCCCAUUCACCAAGUUCCUCCCUUCCAAAUCCUUCACCUAUGAGAUGGAGCCAUGUGGCUCUAACGUUUGCAAUUCCUUAACUGGCUUCCAGACCUGCAAUUCAUCAGACAGAUGGUGCAAAUAUAGAUUAGUGUAUGAAGAUAACUCUGAAACAAGUGGAAAUCUUUCAUCUGAUAGUUUUAGUUUUGAUACCACAGAUGGUAAACAUGUGGAUGUUGGCUAUUUGAACUUUGGCUGUUCAGAAGCUCCUUUAACAGGAGGCAUGCAGAGUUACAUGGGCAGUGUGGGCUUGAACCAAACACCCCUGUCACUAAUUUCUCAAUUGGGUAUCAAGAAAUUCUCCUACUGCUUAGUUCCUUUCAAUUUAGGCUCAACAAGUAAAAUGUAUUUCGGAUCAUUACCUGUGACUUCUGGAGGUCAAACUCCUCUGUUAUAUCCCAAUUCAGAUGCUUAUUAUGUGAAGGUUCUCGGAAUCAGCGUCGGCGCUGAUGAUCCCAACUUGGAUGGAGUUUUUGAUGUAUAUGAUGUCAGAGAUGGGUGGAUCAUAGAUUCAGGAACAACAUACUCAAGUCUUGAAACAGAUGCAUUUGAUCGUUUGCUAGCUAAAUUCAUUACACUACCAGAUUUACAGCAGAAAAAAGAGGACCCUAGGAACAGAUUCGAGUUGUGUUUUGCAGCAAAUGCAAAUGAUAUGGAAACAUUUCCAGAUGUUACAGUUCAUUUAGAUGGUGCAGAAUUAAUUCUUAAUGUAGAAAGUACCUUUGUGAAGAUAGAGGAUGAUGGAAUUAUCUGCCUUGCCCUUCUGCGCUCUGGAUCUCCAGUUUCUAUAUUAGGGAACUUUCAGCUGCAAAACUACCAUGUUGGGUAUGACCUUGAAGCUCAAGUUGUUUCCUUUGCUCCUGUUAACUGUGCUGAUUCCUAACCAUUAGACAGUGCUUCCUCCUGUGGGUCUGUGGAAUCUCUUGCAACAACAUAUUUUUAUGACCAAAUUCAUAAUUUGGUUUCAUACAAGCAAAAUAUCAACCCUUUGUUAAAAAUUUCUCAAUUCAAUUCGAGCUAGCUCGGUAGAUAGGACACUAAUGCACCAAUGAUCAUCGUAAAGAUCAACGAUCUUUACUCUACAAUUGUUGAACAAAAAAGGAACAGUGUAGAGAGAGCAGGGAUGCUUUCUUGCCAGAUGAAAGUUAUAUUUAGAAUCAAAAGAUGUAGAACACGAUGUUAAUUAUUACU